AUGUUCCUAUCCCGGAGUUGUUGGAGCAGUUUGACAAUCAACGCCGAUAUUACAGAUCCUGAGUUGCAAGACUUUGUGCAGAAAGUUGCAGCUGAAGUGGCUAAGCUGAAGCAAUCCCUCACCACUGCUAUGCAAGCCAUCGGUGCUCAGGGUGAUGCUGCUGUCGGGGAGUUGGAGAAGCUGAAGAAUGAUCAGUGGAUGAAUGAACUCCUCAACUUUCGAGUCCUCAGAGCUCAAUUGAUACGGAAACUACGUUCAAGACGGCUCGAACUCAAUGUGCUUGAUCGCUCAAAGGCUCGUACUAUUGACCAAGGCAUGAAGGCCCAUGUGGAGAAAGCAGCUACAGCUUUCUAG